AUGGAUGACGAUAUUAUGGAGACACAGUAUCAUCUAUGGACUCCUAUUGGGCAAACUUCCAAUCAACUCAUCCUAUAUCACCCACCUUCACACGCGCUGCAAGUUCGACCCCAUCCAUCUUCAUCUCUCAGCAUCAAUGCUGCAGCGUCAUCAUCUAGACGUCCACUUCGAUUACUCGGUAUGGAUGAUGAUACGCUAGAACCGAAUAUUGAAAAUAUACCCACCAUACCUCUUUGUCCAUAUUGUUCUCAAUCACUCCCGUUGAGCACGAGUCAUGCCACCGCUUCAGAAAUAGAUCCUAGUGGCCUUCCACGAGGAUCUAGAAGGAACAAUGAUGAGCAAAUCAGGUAUUUUAGAAUACUUGAACAAGCUCAUGAAGGUUCGAGACCACCUUCACCUUCACCUUCACCUUCACCUACACCCACUUCAUCGCCUGGAGGCAGAAACAGAAGAAGAUAUCAGAGCCCCUUGAUGGAAGAAGAUGACAAUGACGAUCGACUUGAUGAAGCGGAUCUUCCUGCUAAAGGUUAUUACGAAAGGUUUUUCAAGGAAGAAUGUAAACUUGGUAUGGGCGCUGAAGGUAGCGUCUUCUUAGCUACUCAUAUUAUAGGUGGGAACGUUCUAGGAACGUAUGCAGUAAAGAAGAUAGCUGUCGGUAGAUCCAAAUCAUACCUAUUCAAAAUGUUAAGAGAAGUUCGAUUACUUGAAACACUAAGACAUCCAAAUAUAAUACCGUAUCAUCAUUCCUGGAUUGACGUUACUCGAUUUUCCAAUUUCGGUCCACCAAUUACAGCUCUUCACGUUUUGAUGCAAUUUGCCACAGCCGGUAAUCUCGAUACAUACCUUCUGACUAGAUCACAUACCAAUCAACCUAGACCCGAUCUAUCGGCCGGGGAUAUAGCAGACUCGGAAUCUCUGGGUCAAUUACCUAAAGCAGAAAGGAUCAAAGCGUUCAAGAAAAGAAGACAAAGUGCAGUAGAGGGAACAUCGGGAAAAGGAAAAAGAAGAAGAGAAGAAAUGAGAGGUGUACUUUUAUUAGGUAUGGAAGAGAUAAUGAAAUUGUUUGGAGAAAUAGUGGAAGGUUUAGCUUUUCUACACGCAAAUUCUAUUCUACAUCUGGAUUUGAAAUGUUCGAAUGUCCUUCUGCUUCAUGAAGACGGCAAGUUGAUACCAAAAGCCCUCUUAUCGGAUUUUGGAACUUCAGAAGAAAUGCUGAGAGGUCAAAGAGAAAGAACGGGUCAUACGGGUACUAUGGAGUAUAUGGCACCUGAAACCCUUAUUCAAGAUAGUCAAGGUCGUUGGAGACCUUCUGACUCCCAUGCAGAUAUGUGGUCAUUAGGAAUGAUACUUCACAAGAUGUUAUUUCUUCAUCUUCCAUAUCCUGACACGGAAGACUAUAGUGAACUGCAUAAAGAGAUACUAUCAUAUCCUGGGUUCAUACCAACACCAGAAAUCGUACAAUCGCUUGAAAGAAGACACAUUCCACGAGAUCUGUUGGUAUUGUUGAGCAAAUUGGAAAGUCUGAUUCCUGAAGAAAGACCUGGAGCUGAAAAGGUCAGAGCGGGUCUGAGAGGUCUUGGAGAGAAGAUCCGAAGUACACCUUCGUUCUCCUCCCGGGCAGGUGCGUUGGUAAGAAGUAUCAGAAUAGGAUCACCUUGGUCUUCUAGAACUGAAGAUCCUGAUCAACCCCAACUAGCUGAAUCAGGGUUCAUCAAUCAAGAUAUUUCAGAUAUUCAAGUCUAUCCUGCAACUUCACCGGUAAGGACCAUAUUAGCGUUACCCAGUCCAGAAGGUGAAUUUGGUUCACCGUUCAAUUCGACGUCACCCCCAGCGGCCGUUCGUUCUCAGCAGAAGAGGGUGAAAAGAAUUAAAGGGUCAAUUGAUCGCGUGAAAAACGUGUUAAAGCAUGGACAAAUUGGACACAAACUGAUCAGGAGCUUAGUGUUUAUAGUCAAAGUCAUAUCACUCCAACCUAUAAUCACCGAUCAACCGAUCAAUCGAUCAUACAUGAUCAUCCUAUUGGUAUUGGCUAUCAUAGAUUUUAUGGCCGAGUUACCAUUCGUUUGGUCAAUCUUAUCAUGCGCGAUACAUAUCGGGGUUUUGGGAUUCAAUGAUGGGACCUCGCAAUUGACAGACACGAAUGGGAAAGUAGGAGCAUGA